UUCAAAUUUGUAGCCAUAGCGUUAGAGGAAGGUUUGUGUCACUGCACUAAUAUUAGUCAGCAGAUUCAGACAUUCCCAGUGCUGGUUGUCAUGAGCAUGCAUGGGAGCUCAUCCCAAGUGUCUGACAGUAUUUUCUAGCUUUUGGAGUGUUGUUGAGUGUUUUUCUGUUCGUGUUUGUUAGAGACAGGUAUGUUCUCAGAUGCUUUGGAGGCCGUAGGACGGGUGGAGGGGUUGACGCUGUCCCCUCCCCAGACUCUCCCAGACCCCGAUGAUGAGGUGGAACUGGGCUCCGAAACAAAAAGACGAGGCAGAUAUCGCCAUAGCUUACAGAUACUCAAGCCCUUUCGGAUCACGCACAAACAUCAGCACCCGGUGGACAAUGCAGGAUUUUUCUCCUUCAUGACCCUGCAGUGGCUGUCCCCUCUGGCAUGGAGGGCCCACAAAGCGUCCUGUCUCAAGAUUGAAGACGUGUGGGGUCUGUCUUGCCACGAGGCCUCAGAAACGAACUGCCAAAGACUGGAGUGGUUGUGGCACGAGGAGCUCAAGCGGCGGGGGAAGGACGCGGCGUCUCUGUCCCGGGUGUUCUGGAGGUUCUGUCAGACCCGUAUGCUGGUGGCCAUCUUCUCCCUGCUCAUCACCAUGGUGGCUGGAUUUGUUGGACCUGCUCUGCUGAUCCGAGCCCUGCUGGAGUACUCUCAGUGCGCAGAGGUGAAGCUGCUGUACGGUCUGGCUCUGGUCGGCGGGGUUUUCCUCAUGGAGCUGACACGCUCCUGGUCUCUAGCUUUCAUGUGGGCUGUCAGCUACCGCACGGCCGCACGCCUCCGGGGAGCCGCGCUCACUUUCGCCUUCCAGAAGAUCCUGCGACUGCGCAGCACUAAAGACAUCAGCACUGGAGAGCUGGUAAACAUUUGCUCCAGUGAUGGACAGCGUCUGUACGAGGCCGUCUCGGUGGGCUGUCUGCUGGCUGGAGGGCCUCUCGUCGGGAUUUUGGGUCUGUCAUACACCAUCUAUUUCUUAGGACCGACUGCACUCGUGGGAUCGGCCAUUUUUGUCAUCUUCUACCCCACCAUGAUGCUGGCCUCCCGCUUGACAGCAUCUUUCCGUAAAAGGUGCUUCUUUGACGACUCCUGUGUGUCUGCAGGGGUUCGAUCAGAAGAGAGGAGGAUCCUGGAGAGGGCCGGCUGUGUUCAGAGCCUGACGGUGGGUGUGGCUCCAGUGGUGGUGGUGAUAGCCAGCGUGUGCACGUUCACUCUUCACAUGGCUCUGGGCUAUGAUCUCACCGCAGCACAGGCCUUCACCAUCGUUGCUGUUUUCAACUCCAUGACCUUUGCUCUAAAGGUCACGCCCUUGGCGGUGCGUGCUUUAUCCGAAGGCUCCGUGGCCGUGAAAAGAUUUCAGAAGCUCUUCUUGAUGGAGGACAGGGAGCUGAUCUCAAACAAAACGGAAGAUCCCUAUAAUGCGGUGGAGUUUAAAGACGCCACACUGGCCUGGGAGAAGACCAGCGGCUCACAGGGGAGAAAGAGCCGAGCCCAGCAGAAAAGAGGAGGCAUGAAGAGGGUUUUGAGGAGGGAGAAGCUGAGCUUGUACAUCACCACAGAGGACAGCAAAGGGGAGAGCGAGGAAGCCAACGCAGAGCACCUCCUCACACACAUGGAGCAGGAGAGCCCACAGAGCACCAUCUCCUCCACACAGAGCAUCCGACCUCCGCUGCACAAAACCCUGCACCGCAUAGACCUCUGCAUCCGGAAGGGGUCACUGGUUGGGGUUUGUGGAGGAGUCGGCAGUGGAAAGAGCUCGCUGCUAUCUGCUCUACUGGGACAGAUGACCCUUCUUGGCGGCUCAGUAGCUAUAAACGGAGACUUCGCAUAUGUUGCUCAACAGGCCUGGAUCCUCAACGAUUCCCUCAGGGAGAACAUCCUGUUUGGAAGAAAAUACAUUGAGGAGAAGUACAACGCAGUUCUGGAAGCCUGCUGUUUAUUUCCUGAUAUUAUUGAGCUGCCAUAUGGCGAUAUGACUGAGAUAGGAGAGAGAGGAGCCAAUCUGAGCGGCGGUCAGCGGCAGAGAGUGAGUCUGGCCCGUGCGCUGUACAGCGAGAGACCCGUCCUUCUGCUCGAUGACCCCCUCAGCGCCGUCGACGCUCGCGUGGGAUCGCACCUAUUCCACAGCGCCAUCCGCCGUGCAGCCAAGAGCAGGACUGUCAUCUUUGUCACACACCAGCUGCAGUUCUUGCCUGAGUGUGAUGAGGUGGUGUUAAUGAAGGACGGUCAGAUAGCAGAGCACGGCACACACGUCCAGCUGAUGGAGAAAGGCCGAGACUACGCUGCCCUUUUCAACAGCGUGCAGCAAGAGAACCUAGUGAGGAAGAACCUGAAAAACAAGCAGAGGGCCGUGGAGGAGAGCAGCCCGCGGUCCCUGCAUGUCAGCCCUGCAGCCAAACCACAUACUGAGAGCAAGAAAGGAGAUCAGCUCAUGCAGGCGGAGGAAAAGGGGAGCGGGGCCGUGGCCUGGCAAGUGUACACUACUUACAUCAAGGCUGCCGGAGGGCCUCUGGCCUUCAUCGUAAACAUCCUCCUCUUCCUCUUCACCACCGGCAGCAUCGCCUUCAGCAACUGGUGGCUCAGUCACUGGAUCGGGCAAGGCAGCGGGAAUUCCUCGCUGCUGCAGGGGAACGAGACCGCCGAGAGCGACAGCAUGCGACUGAAUCCGCACAUACAGUACUACUCCAGGGUGUACGUCCUAUCCAUGGGGGCGGCGCUCUUCCUGAAGACGGUGCGAGGGCUGGUGUUCGUCAAGUGCACUGUGCGGGCAGCCUCGGUUCUGCAUGAUAAACUAUUUAAGACUCUACUUCUGAGCCCCAUGCGCUUUUUCGACACAACACCCCUGGGACGCAUUCUCAACCGAUUCUCCAGGGACAUGGAUGAGGUUGACGUGCGUCUGGCGAUGCAAGCCGAAAUGCUGCUCCAGAAUGUGACGUUAGUGCUGUUCUGCCUGGGCAUGGUGGGCGUUGUCUUUCCCUGGUUCCUGUUCUCCAUUAUUCCUUUAGGGGCGUUCCUCUUCAUCGUCAACCGCAUCUCCAGGUUUGGUCUUACAGAUUUAUUGGGCCAAACAGUUGAGCUGAGUCAUUGUAAAAAGUAGAACCAAAUAUAUAGGUCAGGCUGAUUAAUCAACAAAUAUGUAAGCUUAUUGGGGCACCAAGCGUGUCACUAUCUGUUCAGCUGUGCUAUGCGCUGGCUGGCUGUGCGUCUGGACCUCAUCAGCAUUUCUCUCAUCACCACUAUAGCCCUCCUCAUCGUCUUCAUGCACGGCCGCAUUCCUCCUGCCUACGCCGGUCUGGCCAUCUCCUACGCCGUACAGCUAACCGGCCUGUUUCAGUUCACCGUGAGGCUGCUUUCUGAAACCGAAGCCCGCUUUACAUCAGUGGAGCGGAUCAAUCAUUACAUAAAGAACCUGGAAAGCGAAGGUCCUCGACAGAUCUGCGGCUCCUCCGCUCCUGCUUCCAGCUGGCCGGAAGACGGACGAAUCACCUUCCAGAAUGUAGAAAUGCGAUAUCGGGAUGACCUUCCUCUGGUUCUGAAGAAUCUCUCCUUUAGUGUACUUCCAGAAGAGACCGUAGGGAUAGUUGGCAGAACGGGUUCAGGGAAAUCUUCACUGGGCGUCGCACUCUUCAGACUAGCAGAGCUCAGCCGAGGAUCAAUCAUCAUUGAUGGUGUCAACAUCGCUCACAUUGGUCUGGAGGACUUGAGGAGCAAGCUAUCAGUCAUCCCCCAAGAGCCAGUUCUUUUCAUUGGUACUGUCAGAUCAAAUCUGGAUCCCUGGGAUCAAUAUACAGAUGCACAGAUCUGGGAAGCACUGGAGAAAACGCACAUUAAGGACAUGGUGAGUAAGAGCAGAAGGUUUUGGAUUGAUCUUCCAAAGUCUGACUUACUGUUUCAGAUCCUGCUGUUAGACGAGGCAACAGCUGCGAUUGACACAGAGACAGACCGCCUCAUACAGGACACCAUUCGCACCUCGUUCAGUGGCUGCAGCACUCUCGUGAUCGCGCAUCGCCUCAACACUGUGCUGAACUGUGACAGGAUCAUGGUCCUGGACCAGGGGCAGAUUUUGGAGUUUGACACCCCUUCAAACCUGCUGGCUGAUGAAAACUCACGUUUUCGUGCCAUGAUGUUGGCAGCUGAAGAAACGCUUAGUCACCCCUAAGACGUCAGCAGCCACUGAAGACAUCCAGAGAGACACAUCCAGAGAUAGCAGAGCUCCUCCAGCCUGCUGAGAAGACUGAAAUCCUUGAAGCUGCUCAAACUGAGAUUGUCAGUUUGUUUGGUGUACUUUAAGACGAUGAUCACGUUGUUAUUAGCACACAGAGAGAUUCUGAGUUUGUAUAGUGUAUGAUGUCCGACGGGAACGUUUAUGUUGAUGGCACUUUAUUUGUGUUACGUGGCUGAAGAAUCCUGCCUUCCGCAGAAGCAUCAGGACUCCUGGAGUCAGUCUGAACAAGUGUUGACUGAGUGUGUUUCUCAUACCAGUUUGGGUUUGGUGGAAGUAAAUUUUGCACACUGAUAAUGUAUUUGUUUUCCUGUCUUUCAGCAUUUAUUUGCUGUGUAAAAGUAUGCAAGAUAUGUAUCGACCAUAAGGUAUCCUAUUGAUUUUCCUUAUUUGUUUCUGAGGUUUUCAGGCAUAUAUGAAUCCAACCAAAGAUGACGUUCAGAUCAGUCACACAUAUCAAACAUUCCAGAAAUCAGCACAAAAUGUUUUAUUUUUAUUAGAAUCAUUUUGUAUUAUCUGCUUGUGCUUUUGUUGUUACUCAUACUGUGUAAGUUUUGUGCCUCUGCUGUGAUAUAUUUAGCAGAUAUCUGUCAAAAGCAUUGUGCAAAUAGUGUUUUAGUGACGGAAAUGUGCAAUGUGAAUUCUUGCAAUAAUUCAACGUUCUUAUUUGUACUAUUUCUGCGUAAUAUGCUGUUCUGGUUUUU